AGAGGCCCAGUUUCUUACGAAAGCCGAGCAGUCAGUCUGUUCUGGUGGACCAGAGUGUGGAGUUCAGAUGUGAAGCUCAAGGAGACCCCGUGCCCACCAUCCGCUGGAGGAAAGAGGACGGAGAUCUUCCCAAGGGAAGGCAUGAGAUCUGGGAGGACCACACGCUCAAACUGAAGAGACUGACCUCAGGAGACGCCGGUACUUACACCUGUCAGGCGGAGAACAUGAUGGGGAAGACGGAGGCCAGCGCCACCCUCACCGUCCACGGUAAGAACACACAAACACACGCU